AUGCAACGUCAAUCAGUUCCUCUUUCUCGGUCCAAAAAAUGCAUUGUUGGAACUGGAUUGGAACGCCAAGUGGCCUUAGAUUCGGGAGUUCCCGCUAUAGCUGAACACGAAGGAAAGAUUGUUUAUAAUAAUACUCAUAAUAUUCUUUUAUUUGGAAGUGGGAAUGCUCUAAGUAUUCCAUUAAUUAUAUAUCAAUGUUCCAACAAAAAUACUUGCAGGCAUCAAAAAUCUCAGGUUCAGAAAGGUAAAUGCGUAAAAAAGGGACAAAUUUUAGCAGAUGGUGCUGCUACAGUUGGUGGUGAACUUGCUUUGGGAAAAAACAUAUUAGUAGCUUAUAUGCCAUGA